AUGUAUGCCAAUCACGAUAAAGAGGGUAGCUCUAUAGGUAGUUACAGAGGUAGCUUACGUUUCAAAUGGUGCGUUAGGAGCCACGCAUCGGCUAAAACUAUGCAAAUAAGAGGUGCAUUUAGCGAAAUCAGAGGUUACGAUAAAGUAAGAGUAUUGAAAUCAUGGAAUAUUGAGAUGCUUGACAAGAGUAUGUCUUCAACAGUAUUAAGAAGCAGGUGUUGGGGUAAGGUGUGUUGGGGUAAGGUUGAAACAACCUAUCUAGUUUAA